AGGUUGAGCAGAAUCGGCACCGUAGAUAUUUGACAGCUUCACAGGUGAGAGGAGCGGCUAAAGGCUGUUAGACUUUACAUUUCUAUUUUACCCCCCGGAACACCAUUCACAGUGAGUCUGGGGUUGCCACAGUCAAAAAACAGCCACUUAAAGACCAAUUACUCCGGCAGCAUGAGCAAAAAGAAAAAGGAUUGGAAGACCGAAAAAGAGAGGCUUCUUCGCAUGGAUCGUGAGGAAAGACGCAGGGAGGGCUAUCGUCGUCAAGAUUAUAUAAGUCUGGAUAAGAUUCCAACCUGGAGGGAAGAAACCUACUCUGACAGCAAGGAAGAUGGAAAACUUUUGAAAGGCAGAGGCGGUCUGAAUGAUAAAGUAUCUCUUUACAAAGGAGACAUUACUGUCUUGGAGUUGGAUGCCAUUGUCAAUGCUGCAAAUUCAAGUCUACUCGGUGGAGGGGGCGUUGAUGGUUGCAUACACAGAGCUGCAGGUUCCUGUCUCUAUGAUGAGUGUCAAACACUAAAUGGCUGUGAAACUGGCAAAGCCAAGAUCACCUGCGGCUAUGAUCUCCCUGCAAGAUUUGUGAUCCACACUGUGGGUCCAGUGGCCAGAGGUCAUGUGGGCCCCACCGAGACCAAUGACCUCACCUCCUGCUACCAGAACUCCCUCAGGCUGGUAAAGGAGUAUGGCUUGAGCACUGUGGCCUUCCCAUGUAUCUCCACAGGAAUCUAUGGGUUUCCCAAUGAGCCGGCGAGUGACAUCGCCCUGAACACAGUUAAAAGUUGGAUUGAAGAGAAUCCUAAUACAAUUACACGAGUCAUUUUCUGCGUCUUCCUAGAAACAGACUUUACCAUCUACAAGAAAAAAAUGUCCAUAAUUUUUGAAGACAAUGACAUGGAGGUUGCAGAUGAGCAGCUGAAGGGAGAUGACAUAUCACCGUCUACAAAAUCAACAGCCAAUGAUGACAACGACAAUAACAAAGGAAAAGAGGAACCAGGUGAUGAAAACAAGGCUGACAAUGAUGCAGAAGGAAUCGAAGACGUGGUGAUGGAGAGUCAGAACCCAGAAGAUGAUUUGGGCCUUGAGGAGUCGAAACCAGAAGAAGAUGAAAAGAACAGUCAAGACAAACCUGACGUAACUGAACAUCAAGAAACUGCUAUUGACAGCAAGGAUAAAGAUGAAGACAAAGCAGAAACCAAUGAAACUCCUGCUAAGACGGAAGAAAAUGACACAGGCAAAUUCACUGUGGAGAUGGAAGAUGCUUCCGAGACUGCACCUGACACCAGCACUGGAGAAGGGAUAAAAGAUCAUGUUGAGAGUGCAGAGGAAACUCAACCCAUUCUGACUGACGGCAUUAGGUCCAAAGACGUUGCCGAGAAGAAAGAAUGACCGCCAGAGGGAAGGACAAUCGACCUCAUCUGACAGCCAGCAAACUGAGUGAAGACCAUUCACAAGCGAAUUAGACAAACCCAAUUGCGGGUUGGGUUCUGUCACAGGUUCAGGACAUCCAGUUGUUCACAUUUCCAGCUUCGUUUUGCCCUUUUUCUUAUUUGUUAAUACAACCCUUAGACUUAAUGUGUGUAUAUGAAAGCUUCCGGAGGAACUUGAACAUAUCAACAAGAAAAGAUGAGCCAUACCUCACUGCGUCAUAACAUUGCCAUGGUGCGAGCUGAAUGUGAUGAAAUGAAGCGAGUCUCUUUGUGCAAGGUGCAAACAUGCUGGCUGUCCAUGCCGGGUUCACACAUGUGAGGUUUUGUUCAAACAGGUUAAAUAGCUCCCUUUAUAGUCCUAACACAAUGCUUCAGUUCAAGCUACUUUGAUUCAAGGUUGUUUUUUUCUUUAACUUUCUUGGAAAUGCUCUCCUAAACUUAUUUUUCUUAACACCCACGUAUCAAAAAAUUAUGAUUGUCUCUUAACAAAUAGACUUGCGCUCUCCCUUUGCCUUUUCUUCACCAUUCCGUGUGCAUGCCAGCAAAUUACUUCUACAAAAGUGAGUCAUUUCUGCUUGUCUCCUUUUCAGAUUGUCUAAUAUUGUGGAAGACUGCCUUAUUUCACAUCAAUCAUGCAAUCGCUAUCAUGUAAUUAAAGAGAUGGUUCAAGUAUUAUUUCAAAGUUCUGUUUUCAGAUUUAAUUUCAUCAUGUAAGUCACAAAAUGACUAGCACCUGUUGAUUGUUGAGUUGAUUCAAAGGAUUUUUAGUUCAAUGUUCCUUAUGGCUCACUUGCAGUGUUGCCACACUGAAGAGCAAACGCGUUUGAGUUUUACGAAACGAUGCCUUCAUACUUUGAUGUUUGCUUUACGAAAAUAUAACUGAAAGAACUAAUAAAGAUUGAAAUGAGAGCCGUGUCUCGCUUUUGAAUGCCACACGUCUAAUUUUGCCUGAUGACAAGAUCUCAUGUUUUAUUUAAUUCUGAUUGCAUCGGCUACCGUUAACAUUACCUCAGCUCAUACAUUAUACGCGAGCCGCUGUAACAGAGCAAUCAGUCGGCCGUCUCAGGGUAGACAGGAAUAAUUAGUGCGUCCUGUGAUCUCCUGCAUACUACCUCUCAGGCGUCCCCCUGAAUUAAAUUGAGACAGAGAUGCGUGACAGACCUUCUCACCUCAGAAACCCACAGAGAAAAGCAAGUUUUAUACUGUGCCAGUGCCUCCGGUGGAUGCGUUCGACAUCAACAAGGUUGGCGUAUGAGGAAGAAAGCAUUGAGGAAGAAAGAAGCUUCAGAGUUUGUGGCUGCGUGCUUGCCACUUUGCCACCUGCGAUGUUGGCAGGUUGAAGCAGUGAUGGAGUGUCCAACAAGGUGGGUGGCACUGAAACAAAAUAUACCUUAUUUUAUGGGCUAUAAGUCACUUAUAACAUCAUUUGGUAAGGCCUGCGUCCAUAGGUGGAGUUUGACCUUUGGGGCGGGGGGUGCACAACAUGUUGUUGACCCCAAAACGCAGUGUCAGCAAUAAAAUUAACUUACAAGAAUAUUUAAAAUAAUAAGUUGACAAUUAGCGUUUUUUUUUUGUUCCCCAUCAUUCUUGAAGGGAAUUCUAAAUCAGGCUGCUUAGGCAAUGCUUUUCGUCGUCAUCCAUUGAAUUUGGUACGCCCGCCGGUAUCGUGCCAAUGUAGUUCGCCAGUCAAAAAUUGUGUCCCCUGGGCGGAGCCAUAUGGAAGUAGAUUUGUGUCUUUAUUAUUCAAUCCAAAAAAAAGUUGCUUCAAUCAAAAUAUAUAUUUUCAACCCAAAAA